AUGUCCCAGGAAUCAGAAUAUGUCAUUAAUUUGCUUAAAGGAUCAGUAUCUACUAUAGAAUCUGUUAGAAAUGAAGCCUCUGUAAGAAUUAUUGAGCUUGAAUCUAACAUAUCAUUCCUUUCAACUCUUUUGGAUAUCGCAACAACUCGUAAUGAUGACUUUUCAAAACUUUCAUUUAUCAUUUUAAAAAAUUCCUUCUGUAAAAUAUUAUCUCGUUUGAAAACAAAUGAUCCUAACGCUAAUGUAGAUUAUCCACUUCUUUUAUCAGAAAUUAAACUUAAGCUUUUGCAAACUAUUAAUUUUGUGUACGAAGCCCAUUCAGUUAUUAUACCUAAGGAAUUUUGCUUAUUAAUUAGGAGUGUUUUUAGAAGCGAAUUCCCCUUAAAUUCACCUGAAUUAUACGAUUUCUUCAUUUUAAGGCUAAAAUCAAUUGAAAAUACAAUUGACGUCAGGGCUUUUAAUUUAAUAUUUUUGCUCCACCAUGUAUUUAAGGAACGCAUUUCUAUGCGCCUUUUCAAGGAUAGAAAUGUGACAAACCAGAUAGCAGAACAGUUUUUUCCAUAUUUAUCUAAAAUUUGGUCAAAUCAAUUUUUUAAUAAAUGGAAGAAAUUGGAGUUAAACCCAGAUACAUUCAAUUCCGAAUUUGACCCAGUUCAGCUGAAAUUUAACCUAUAUCUCGACUCUAUUAUACUAAACUUCUAUUCUCACUGCUUUAGAAAUGUAUAUAAAAACCAGGAACUGCUCCAACUCCUGUCGAAUUUAUUCCUAAAAUUUAAAAUCAUAUCCAAGGUUUCUCAAAAUUCAAAUGUCAAUUCUGAGAAUAUAAAAAUACUGGUAAAAAAUGUAUUAAGAAUUUUAAAAGGAUUCACACUUCUGGUUGAAAAGGUGCCUUACGACUUUGUGUUUCUGGACUUUUCAACGGUUUUAAACCAAGUUUUUGACUUCCUAAUACACUCAGGAAUAGGUUUUGAAAGGGUUGAAACUGAGUCAAUCAGGUUCAUGACAACCAUUUUCAGCUCAAGUUCAAUGAAUCAUGAUAAGUAUUCUACGAUAUAUUUCGAAAAUCUGGAGCCUAUUCCAGUGGUUCAGUCAAGUGUUUCACCAAUAAAUUCACCUAAAAACAAUUACAAACUUGAUAUUAACAAUGUUCCCUAUUAUAAAAGUUUUGAGGAACUUGUAAAUUUGAACCCAAGUUUAAAGCAAAUUGAACUUGAAGAUUUAAUGGAACGUCAAUUAACAUUUUAUUUUUACAAAGUUCUUAAUUCUAGAGGAGGAUUCUUAAAGUUUUUGGACUUGCUAAGGACUAAAUAUUUAUUAUUGGAUGAAAAGAGUGUUGAAUUAUGGAAUGAAGAAGAGUUUCCUACAACAUCACCAACAUUAAACCUGGUCCCAGAGUUGAUUUCCUGUAUGAAUAUUAAAUUAGUCGGAGUGUUUAACUUCACAUUUAACUCUCUGUUGAACUUUAAAUUGAACAAUUUGCAUAAUUUGAGUAAUUUGAAUGAUGUAAAAUUUUUCGAGUAUGACACUUUUCUUCAGAUUUACACCCUUUGUUUCAAGGACUUUUACAACUUUCACACCUACAAGCAUUAUAUAUUGCUUUUAGAAACUUUUGGAGAGAAUAUAAACGUGUUAGAAAACGAAAAGAGUAAUGUUUUGUUUAAAUUUAGCAAGCUGCUGGUGUUUAGAAUUAGCAGAAUAGUUAACCUCUGGUGCAAAAAACCAUUAAUUACACAGGAAACUAAGGCUAAAAUAUUAUCAUUUUUGAUAAAAUGUAUCUCGUCACAGAACCUACAACUUAAAGCCCAGAACUUGGUUCCACUUUAUAACCUGUAUAAUAACAGUAAGGACGAGAAUAUUUGGCCUUUAAUUUUUAAAAACCAUCCAACCAGCCCAAUUAUAAACAAUCUAUUACUAAUAUCAACUACGAGUGUGCCUGUGAUUCGGAUCAGAAGUUUGGAAUUGGCUUGUAAUUUAAGUUUAGAAUACGAUGAAAGUAAUUUGGAAGGAGUUUUGGAACUUUAUACUAAACUUGAAUCUCCAGAAAUUUGUGAAGCUAUUCUCAAAACAAUUUUAUACUUUAUAGGCAGUUUAGAUUGGGUUAAAUGUUAUACGGAUUUUGAUACUCUAAAUUAUAAUUUUAUCACAUUUGUCAUUAAAAUUAUUAUUAACACUGUGGUUGUAGGGAAACAAGGUAAUUUUGCAGUAGAAUAUGAUGUUUCAGGGUUACAAAUAGUGAGUGUUACGAAAUAUAGCGUGAUAGAUGAAUUAUUUCUCUCAGUUUGGCUAGGUUUUCUAAGAAUUCUGCCAUUGGAUAUUGGUAAACUCGAGUGUUUGAGUCAAAUAUUUACACUUUUCGGGCCAUUUCUAGAAUACAUUUGCAACUCAGAAACCCUUGAGGAUACACUUUUCAACAAAUUGGCAAUAGAAAUAUUAAUAGAAUAUAUUUCAUUACUUAACACAAUACAAUACAAGGAAUAUACUGUGGGUCAAGAAAUUAAGAAUUGUUAUAGUAGUUUUAAUCUUACAAAAUUAUAUAAACUCACAAAUAUGAACUCAUUUGAUAACUCAAUUGGUACAGUGUUGUUGAAUUUGAUGAUAGCAGUUGUGAGUACAUUUGGUGUUAAAGAAAACAUGACAGAAUAUUAUGGAAUUUUGAAUAUGUUUUUCAACUCAUUGGAAUCAAUUUUACCAGCGGAUUCAAUUAAUAAUCAAUUUAUGGCAUUGGGAGUUGAUCAGAAAUGGACGAAAUUUCAGCCAAUGAAAAUCAAAAAGGAAUCUUUGGUUCCAGUUGGAAGAUUACUACCACUAAUUAAUAAGAUAAUAUUAAGUAAUAAAAUUUUAGAAUCGUAUUUCAGGUCAAGAAGUAUAGUGAAUUUUGAAUCUUGGAUAAAUGACAGAAUUUUGACAAUGAUAAUCAUGACAAAUUUGUAUAGAAACCAACCAUUUGCUCAAAUUGGGCUUAUUUUACUCACCUGUUCAGUCAUAUCAACGUUUCCGCAAUUGAUUUAUCCGUUCAUCAAGUUUAGUGGCUCAAGUUUAAAUAGCUUAGACAAAACUGUUAAUUUACAAGAUUCGUCAUUUGUAAUGUGUUUUCUACUAAAGGUUCUAAGCAGUGUUUGUGAUGAUUACAGGGGAAAACACUUGACAAUAUCUCAAGAAAAGGUUGAAAACUAUCAAAUUCCACCCUCGAAUCGGUUUGAACUGGUCAAAAACAAGGCUUUGGUAAAUACUAAUAGUCAAAUUCUAUUUCAAGGUUCAUUUUUAUUCUAA